AUGGUUAAUAAGGGCAUUGUACUUCCAUUUUUUAUUGGUGUUGCUGGAGGAACAGCUUCUGGAAAAUCCUCAGUAUGUUUGGAGAUUGUCAAAAGACUGGGUAAUGACCAACAUCAAGUUUUAACUAUUUGUCAAGAUUCUUUUUAUAAAGAGUUAAAUGACGAAGAAAAAGUAAAAGCAAAUUUGGGUGAUUAUAAUUUUGAUCAUCCUUCUGCUUUUGAUACUGAUGAAAUGUUGAAAGUUCUUAUGACUUUGAAAAGUGGUAAACCUGCUAAAAUUCCAAUUUAUGAUUAUAAAAAUCAUUGCAGAUUUGCUGACAAAUUUAAUUAUGUUGAACCUGCUGAUAUAAUAAUUGUUGAAGGAAUUUUAAUUUUCUAUGAUGAAAGACUUUGUGAAUUGUUUAAUACAAAAUUAUUUGUUGAUACUGAUUCUGAUAUUCGUCUAGCUCGUCGUGUUAGACGUGACUCAACUGAACGUGGUCGUAGUUUAACACAAAUAUUAUAUCAGUAUUUAACUUUUGUCAAACCAUCUUUCGAUGAAUUUGUUUUUCCAACAAAAAAACAUGCCGAUGUUAUUAUACCAAGAGGAGCAGAUAAUGUUGUUGCUAUUGAUCUUAUAGUUCAACAUAUGAGUGAAAUUUUAAGAUCUCCUAGAUCAACACCAUGUAGUUCUGUUGAUGAGACAUCUGAAAAUGAAAACAUAAUAUCAAAACAUAAUGGAAAUGGUAACACAGUUUGUAAAGUAAAUUGCGAAGUUAUAUCCAGACCACAUUAA